CAAUUCGAGCCAUAGAAGAUCCCGCCCACCCAGCAGCGUGAUCUUCCUGCGUUCCAGGCCUAGCAUCUCGUUACGAGCGAAACCGAAACAACAGCGCCCAACCGAGGUCGAAAUCAACAGUAUUAUUCGCACCGAAAACCAGGAAUUCUCACUCGAAAUCAAACCUGCAGGAUGAAAACCAAUCCUUUAUUUCCUCCAUAUACAGCACUGAUACAAUAGUGCGGAUGGAAUCAAGUCAGCUACAACAGGCUACAACCCAUCUGAAAGGACACUGCUUCAGACAGGUCCGUGGCGCUUCCAGCAAGUCAACAGCUGAUGGAACCUUUAAAUUGUGACAUCGUGAGGAGCCAUGAAGAUCCCAGAUCGCGGUAGCAGUAGCAACGAUCUGCAAAGUACAGCAUAAAAAGAUUGGUUGGAUCGACUUCAAGUUGUUCCAAACUUUCUUCUCAACGGGUUGGUCUCACUUUCACUUCCUUUCGUUUUCGCCUUCACUCCUUUCUCUUGUCUGUUGUAUUCGUUUCUGGAACUAUGAAAGUUUCUUUGGUCAUCAUUCAUGCUGCUAUCCUCUUCUCUUCUGCUACCUUCGUGAUCCCUGUAGGACGGGGGUUGCGUACCUUGCAUGCCCGCCAGCGCGGCGGCAAUGCCACUGUGAAUAUGGGUCCUGCCUCGAGAGGCUCAGUCGGAGCAGCAUACUUCAUCACAAACGAGCCUAAUGGAAACUUCAUAGUUUCUGCAGAUAUAAGUCAGGACGGAAAACUGACUCUUCGUCAGGCAAUCUCCGCAGGAGGAUCUGGUCUUCACGGAAACGACGGGGGAGCUAAUGGUCCUGAUCCUCUCUUCACACAAGGUGCUGUCAAAGUCAGCGCGGCUGCCAAUAUCCUUGCAACAGUUAAUCCUGGGUCGAAUACCAUCUCAGUUUUUAAUAUUGACCAGAAUGACCCUGCGACUAUUGCACCCAUCGGUGACCCCAUCGGGAGCGGCGGAGAAUUCCCCGUAUCUGUCGCAUUCAACAAGGCCGGUGAUAUGCUGUGUGCCCUGAAUGGGGGUGAAGUUAAUAGCGUCAGUUGUUUCAAGGUUGAUAAGAAUGACGGGCUCGUCCCCGCAGCCGGGACAAACCGACGACUCGACCUCAACCAGACGACACCUGCAAAUGGCCCUGCGGGUACCGUCAGCCAUGUGCUGUUCUCUGAAGACAACAAGCAGCUGGUUACAUCGGUGAAGGGAGUCCCGCCCAACCCUGGGUUCCUGGCGGUGUGGGACGUAAACCAGGACGGAUCCCUGUCCAAGAACUUCCGUUCCAUUGCACCUUCCAAGGGCGGACUCCUCCCAUUCUCAAUGACCCUCAUCCCUGGGAAGAAUGCUAUAUUGGCUACAGAUGCUGGCGUUGGAUUCGAUAUCUUCGACUUCAGUGCCUCGGAAAACAAAUCUACAAGUGUCGCAGCAGGCAAAUCGUCAGUUGUAGCCAUUGACGGACAGAAAGCGACCUGCUGGUCGAGCUUCAGCCCCAAGACUGGCAACUUCUACUUGACGGACGUCGGGACGUCUCAGGUCACCGAAGUGAAAGUCGACGAGAAUCUCAAGGGAGCAGUGGUGAAGCAAUACGACCUGGGACAAAACAGCGGUACAAUCGACAACGACAUCGUUUCGAUUGGUGGCAAAGAUUUCAUGUUUGUGUUGUCCGCCAACGCCACUCGAGUUGACGUCCUUUCGCUUGAUGCCCCCGGACAGGCGAAGAACAUCCAGAAGCUCGAUAUUGCUGGGCCAGCUAAGGCUGCGGGGCUGAAGAUCAAUGGUUCCAACCUUCAAGGGAUGACCACUUUCAUCAAGAAGUGAGACAGUGAAGAGUGACGCGUCUUCGUUGUGUAUUUACUGUAACAAUAUCGAUCGACGAUAAAGUGUAUUUACGAGGUCUGGCCCGUUCAUUUAGU